GGUGUUCCAGAUUUCUGGCUAAAUGCAAUGUUAAUCAAUGAAAUCCUGGGCGAGGAGAUCCAGGAGAGGGAUGAGGAAGCUCUGAAGUAUCUCAAGGACAUCAAAUGGUGCAGAAUUGAUGAUCCAAAGGGUUUCAAGCUUGAGUUUUUCUUCGAUACCAAUCCAUUCUUCAAAAAUUCCGUGCUGGCUAAAACGUAUCACAUAGAUGAGGAAGAUGAACCCAUUCUAGAAAAAGCAAUCGGGACUGAAAUUGAUUGGUGCCGAGGUAAGUGUCUCACACAAAACGUGCUGAAAAAGAAGCCAAAGAAGGGCUCAAAAAACACAAAGCCUAUCACAAUAGUAGAAGAUUGUGAGAGCUUCUUCAAGUUCUUCAGCCCCACUGAAGGUCCUAAUGAUGAUAAGGAAAUUGACGAUAAAUUAGCUGAACAACUGAUGGAACAAAUUCAGAAGGACUAUGAUAUUGCAUUUACCAUCAGGGACAAUAUUAUCCCUCAUGCUGUUUCAUGGUUCACUACAGAAGCUUCUCAAGAUGAGUACUACAAAGCCAUUCUUGAGGAUGAUGAAGACGAGGAGGAUUAUAACGACUAUGAAGAGGAGCAGAACUAUCAAGAUGACGGCAAC